GGUACUCUUAAGAGAUUGAUAAUUCAUGAAAUAUUUAAAUAGUCCUGGGCGAUCAAUUUUGCGCUUGACUAAUUGCAGGACUCGGAACAUUAUGAUUCUAACUUAGGCCACGAAUAUAUUCAGAACAGACAAACCAUCAGGACACUUAAGACUGGGAUGGAUGACCAGCCGCAGACUCCAAAGCUACGUUGCGUCUUAUUGCAGAUGAAUUACUUCACAAUACUCGUUUCCGGGGCGAUAAUAAUAUCAGUUCUGAAAUGCGUCCCUGGCAAAAGGAAGAAAGUGCGACCACCGUCAAUGAGCGAUACACUACUUAGAAUAUGACUUUGCUUUCAAACAACACCUAACAGGUAUUGCGACAACACGCAAGGCCUAAUAUUCGUGAUUUGCCGCGUUUUCUGUGUACAAUAGAGACUUGCGCUGGAAGUAUGUCGAGAUUACCACCCGCGAGCAACCAGGAGAGGAUUCACUAAGAGGCGCGAGCCAUCAUGCAAUCUCUGCUCCAAUAUCGUUCUUACGCAAACAAUUAUUGAGCGAAAACCGCAAAAACCAGAGAAGGUCGCACCGGGCACUCGACAGCCAGAAACCGGCAGGACCAACCAGAAGCAAUGAUUAGAGAAACGACUCCUGGCGUCGUCAACAUUCAUCAAUCACUAGAAUUAUCUACACACAUAAAUACACUACACCUGGACUUGCAACGGGCGGUGGAUGUGGAGCGAGCCGACUGGCGUCUAGAUCUGGUGAUGAGGUAUCAAGAACGACGACUCAUCAAGUAGAUGAUAACACGCCUAGCAUGACGGUGACGCGAGUCGAUUUGCCAGAGGCGAAGGAUAACCCGAAGAUGGAAGUCUCUUCGUCUUUUCCUUUGAGCGAGAAGAUGAUCUCAACGAUCCUCAUAACUGGGGUUCAUGUUACCGAGCGUUGGGUACGGCUUACAUGACUUUCAUGGCGACUUCAGUAGAAUUUUGCUCUGUUGCCGAUUCGUUUGCCGUCAAACAGGCAUCGGCUGGACAAUCCAAGGACAGGGAGGUCAGAUUUUGUUGAUUGGUGGGUACCUGAUGGGUUUGGGUAUCGGCUGUUUCUUCAAUGCCCCGUUCUCCGAAAUCAUUGGUCGAAACCCGAUCUAUUGUUCGGGCUUUUGCCGCGUUCUUUGGCUCUGGUGCUAUAUCAGACAUAUGGCCGCGGCUCGACCGUUCUUACAUGUUCGCUAUUUAUGUCUACAUUGUGUUUGCAGGCCCUCUUCUGGCGUCAAUCAUCGGGCCAAUAUUAAUAGAUCGUUAUAGGGUCACAAUUUUCCCAGUGCAAAUAACAUUCAUCUCUUUCGUCUGGGGAAUUGCUGUAUUACUCAUGCCGGAGACAUAUGUGCCAGUCAUUUUAUAUUGGAAAGCACGGCAGUUUCGCAAACUCACGCGGCAGUUGAAAUUCAAAGCACCCAUUGAGCUCAAGAGGGUUAAAUUCCGACGACGAAUGAAGCACGAUCUGAACAGGCCAUUCCGUUUUCUCUACAAGGAUAGAAUGCUUACCUUGGUUGUGGCAUACACCGGUCUCAACUAUAUUAUCACCUAUCAAAUGUUCUCGGCCGUCCCAUUGCUAUACAGUACUGACUACAAGUUCGACUUGCUCAUGUGGGUCUUGCUUUCCUACCCACCCUUGACGUUGCUCCAGCAGUCUUCCGGAAUUAUAGGAUACUGAGAAGACGAUUGAUACUCGCUCUUGAAGGGGCACACGAAAGUCGAACCGGAAAUUGGCCUAUUUCUAGUUAUAGCCGGUGCCCCAACGAUUUCGAUAGCAUUGUUCUGGAUGACAUUCACGAGUGAACCCUCGCUUCCUUUCUGG